GUUAGAUAUCACAAACUGUUCGAUAGCGGGAAUUAUUGGCAUCGAGGAAGGGACGAGAAUGAUUGAUAAAAUAAUUGAAAAUUUAUAUCUGAGUAAUGUACAAGAUGUUCUGGAUGAAUCUAGGGUUGAUCGACUUAAAAAUGAAUUAAAGAUCACCCAUGUUCUUACGGUAACAGCAGAAAGUAUUCCGGUGGAAAAGCAAAUUGUUGGGAUAUCUUAUAGGUUUAUUUUUGCUCUGGAUAUGGAUACACAAGAUAUGUUCGCGGGAGAUUUGUUAGGGACGAGAAUGAUUGAUAAAAUAAUUGAAAAUUUAUAUCUGAGUAAUGUACAAGAUGUUCUGGAUGAAUCUAGGGUUGAUCGACUUAAAAAUGAAUUAAAGAUCACCCAUGUUCUUACGGUAACAGCAGAAAGUAUUCCGGUGGAAAAGCAAAUUGUUGGGAUAUCUUAUAGGUUUAUUUUUGCUCUGGAUAUGGAUACACAAGAUAUGUUCGCGGGAGAUUUGUUAGCGAAUGCGCUAAUGUACAUCAGAACAAGUAUUGAGAAUAAUGGACGAAUCCUUGUACAUUGUGAAGCUGGUGUAUCACGUUCAGUGUUUGUUGUUGCUGCUUAUCUAAUGCAAAAAUUGCAAUGGUCAUCGUCAAAAGCUAUUGAAUACAUACAAAGGAUACGACCAAUAGCGUUACCAAAUGAUGGUUUCGUGCAACAGUUGCAAAUAUUCGAAAGUUGUCAUUUUGUCGCCGAUAUUCAAGUUAUUUCGCAAUGUCCAUUAUACAGAAACUGGUUAUUGAAUAUCUCUUCAGCCAAUGCAUCAUUUGCAAAAUUUCCUGUGGACAAAAAGUCGUCAGACUCGAUCGAUUCCACAAAUAUUGAAUAUCGAUGUCGUAAAUGUAGGAAAAUUUUAUUUAACGAUAAGCAUAUCAUGAGACAUGGAGUAUUGACACCUAGCAGUGUUACUGGCGAUGGAGCAACGGAAACAACGGAUUGCAGUUUCGGUUAUUUUAUUUCACCUAUGGAGUGGAUGUCUUUGCGUGAACAUCGAGGAAAAAUUUCUUGUUCAUGCAACGAAAAGCUUGGUCAUUAUGACUGGGGAGGACGUGUGUGCGAAGGAAUGAUUGGCAGACCAUGCGGAACAGCCGGCAAUGCGGCCAUGGAUUUACGUAAAUCAGAACAAGGUCGAUCGAAUUGUAAAGAUGGAUCAGAAUAUGCUAAACCCUAUAGACACUAUCAUUAUAAGGCCACCGAAACUUCCUCGUAUGUAGAACACAUCCAACUUGGUGUGAUCGCGAAGUUCUAUGAGUCGUAA